AGGUUGUGCGGUUGAGGCUGUCAGAUGUAAGUAGCAUACAGUAACCAAUAACAACAGCCUAUACUUUAUUUCUUACAUUACAAGGGAGCGAAGAAAGGGGAGAGAAUGUGUUGAAAAAACUAAAUUCAAAUGGUUGUAAAUAUGUAAGUCUCAACUCAAAUGACGAGUUUUCAGUUUAUUUCAAUCAGUUAGCUGUAGCCUACUGACUCUUAAAAGGAAAAGCAUCCAAAAAUAUCGGUUAUUGAUUAACUUUGUCUGACAAGCAGGAGGCAGGAAACGGAUACGAUCGUUUGCUGAAAACACAAACGUUUACUCAAUUUUACAGGUUAGUAGUGAAAAACGCGACAUUUGUUGCAAUGUCGUGGCUACUUUAUUUGCCACUAAAACGCGUCUGUACCAACUGUAAAUCUAGUUUUACGCCGACCCUACGCAGUUAUUCAUCUUUGUGGACACCGCAAGCUCGAUGCAAAACAAGGCUGUCAAAGCAAAGCUUUGUACGGCAGCGAAGACAGUUUUUUGUACGUCAAUCUGUCACCAUUUACAAAUCCAGGUUUUGGAUAUUUGGAAUCGGUACAGGCAUAAUCUUAGGGUUGGGUUUGAAAUGUCAUAUUGACUUCAAUGAAAGCUCGUGUGAGUAUAUAAUUAAUAAUGACAUGGGGAGGAAGUCUGGGAGAUACCUUCCGGCGAUUCAAGUAAGCCGGGACCUUGCUCGUCGGAUAAAGGAUGAAGUAGGGGCACCAGGACUAGUUGUUGGUGUGUCUGUCGAUGGCACACAGGUCUGGUGUGAAGGUAAAGUAGGUGUCGCGGGGGAAGUGGGGUCAUGGUUUAUCUGCGUUCAUUCUGGACAUAUCUAAAGCAUAUAGGGUUAAGUCAUAGCACUUAACUCUUUCUCAGUAUAGUAAGGCUAUAGAUAAUACGGCUAUAGAUUAAGUACCUAACAUGCCUAGCUAAAGUUUGGAUGUUACAGGGCUUGGCUAUGCUGACUUGGAGAACCGAGUACCAUGCAGUCCAGAGACAGUACUGCGGAUUGCUAGCAUCAGUAAGCCCCUCACAACAGCUGCAGCAGCUCGUCUGUGCGAAGAGGGAAAGCUUGACCUGGAUGCUCCAGUCCAGAAGUCACAAUAACUCCAAGGAUGAUUCUGUCUCACCUGAGUGGCAUACGGCACUAUGAGAAGGACAUCAAGAAAGUGAGAGAGGACAGGGAGAAGGCAAGACGACCUCUAAAGCAACCAGACAAAGAAGAGAAAAGCACAAAAGAAAACACAGAGGACACUAAGACAGAGGCCAGCUGUACCAAGCAGAACCAGAAGAAGAAGGAGUUUGAACAGGAGGAGUACUACCUGAAAGAUGGCUUUGACAGUGUUAUUCAAGCUUUGGAUUUGUUCAAGUAUGAUCCUCUCGUUUUCAAACCUGGCACUACGUUUCUGUACUCGACCCAUGCCUUCACCCUCCUCAGUGCUGUGGUGGAGCGGGCUGCAGGCCAGCGCUUCCUGGAUCACAUGAUGAAGAUGUUCAGGGAACUGGGCAUGCUCAACACAGUACCAGAUGAAAAUGAUCCCAUCAUCUAUAAUCGCUCAAGGUUUUAUCAUUUCAGUAAGAAAGGGCGUAUUGUGAACUGCCCGUACGUAGACAACUCCUACAAGUGGGCCGGAGGGGGCUUCCUCUCCACUGUGGGCGACCUGCUCAUAUUUGGAAAUGCACUGCUCUACAGCUUCCAGUUGGCCCAGCUAAAGGACACGUCAGGCCUCCUGCCUGGCAUCCUGCAGCCCCAGACAGCCACGGCCCUGUGGGCUCCUGUGGAAAAAACCGAGGCGAGCUGGGAUAAAGAUGGGCUGUACGCUCACGGCUGGCUGGUGGUAGAGAAGCUGCAGAAGUAUGGCCUUUGCAGGAGACGUAGGCAUUACGUGUCACAUACAGGAGGUGCUGUAGGGGCUAGCAGUGUGCUGCUCAUCCUGCCCAGUGAGCCCAUGAGUGAGAUAGCUGAAAGGCAGAGAGCUGCUCUCCCUCAGGGUGUCGUGGUGACAAUCAUAACUAACAUGCAGUCAGUGGGACUCAACAGCACAGCACUGAAGAUCGCCCAUGAGUUUGACAAAGCCAGAGGUGUAUGAGAAUGUUGACUAUACAGAUUCUUACAUCCACUGCCAAGUUCUCAGCAAGUCUUUUAUCAGACAUGUUUCAUUGUGUUUUCAUACAGCUUUUAUAUUUGUCUGCCUAUGGCGUAAUAAAACCCAAUGGUCUA